AUGUCUUCCGCCGCUGCCACGUCACGCUCGCAGACCCGCCAAGGAGGAGACGCCGGCUCAGACGACGAAGACGCGCGCGAGUUCGUUCCGGUCAAGUGGACGGAUAUGCCGGAGUACAUCACAAAAGUCGAGCAGGAGAUAGUUGGCUUAAUGGGAGGGCCUUCUGUGACAGAUGAGCAGGAUAAAAACUUCGACGACAAAACGCGGGACCAAUUCAGAGUCAAAGUGGGUUUGUUUGGGCAUAACAUCGUCCACCACUUCACGGAGGGCCGGUACUUUGCGGUGUCCCGGUUCCUUGCGUCAGCGUUGACUGAGCUAGCCCACGCGAACCAACACGGCAUUCCGAUCCAAUUCUCCCGGGUUUCUGAAAUUGACGAGCGCAUUGCGCACCACUGGCUCCUUUUCCCCCCUAAUCACCCGCGGCACCACUUCCACCUCCAGAUGCGCGAGCACCAGGAAGCAGCGGAGAAGAGAGCGACAGCCGAGCGCGGUGCGAAGAUCCUCGAGGAGAGCAAAGCGCGGAAGGAGGCUACCCGGGCUGCCCAGGAAAAGAAGACUGGCCUCAAGGGUCCGAAAGGUGCGCCGCCUGGAAAGCGGUUCAGGGAGCUCGACGGUGACUCCAACGAGGAGGAUGGCGGUGAGGUGGAUCAGCUGGAUGACGACCACGACGAGGAGAUGGUGAGGAAGACGCUGCAGCUGAAGAAGGGGAAGGGUAAGGCGCGCGAGGUCCCACCAACGCCACCAGCCAACGAAGAUGAAGGUCCGAGUGGAGGGAACCCUGCGGCGAUUCAGGAAGGUGGCCAGGAUGUGGACAACGAGGAGGAGGAGGAGGAGGAGGAGGAGGAGGAGCAGGAGGAAGGUAAGAAACUUUGA